AAAAAAAUUAAGAAAAAAUGUUGGACUAUGAAUGGGAAAAUCAAUCUACUUUUAUGUUUACAAGUGAUCAAAACACUCAAGAAGAAAAUGACCAAAAUAACAAUCAAUUUUUGGAUCCUCAAGCGCAUUUUCCUCAUAUAACAAAUUACCAACAGCAGCAGCAGCAACAACAAUUACAGAAUCCGCCAUUUCCCCAAUUUCAAGCUACUCCAAAUAACACUCAUUUAAUUAGCUCCAUGUACGAUCCACGCGCUUAUGGCGUUUCGUACACGCAAACACACGAAACAUCCAUGCUUUCUCUACAACCAACUGGUGGAUUUAUGGUAGUGCCGAAGAGCGAACCGCAAUUUGGAGGCGGAAUUCAUGAUUUUUCAAGUAGUAGUAGUCGGAUUGGGUUGAAUUUGGGCGGGAGAACGUAUUUUGCUUCGUCAUCGGAAGAUGAUUUUGUGAACCGGCUUUACCGGCGGACUCGCGCGGUUGACGCCGGUUCAGUGAACUCGCCCAAGUGUCAGGCUGAAGGUUGCAAUGCCGAUCUCACUCAUGCAAAGCACUACCACCGACGGCACAAAGUGUGUGAGUUUCACUCUAAAGCCGCCACCGUUAUCGCCGCCGGUUUGACUCAGCGAUUCUGCCAACAAUGCAGCAGGUUUCAUGUUCUGUCGGAAUUUGAUAACGGGAAAAGAAGUUGCCGGAAACGGUUAGCAGAUCACAACCGGAGAAGGAGGAAGAAUAUUCAGCAAGAAAAUAAUAAUAAGCAGUCUCAACCUUCAGCAAAGUCUCUAGCGGAAUCAGGAGCACAAUCAUCAACAGUGACAGUGGCUAUAUCACCACCAAGAAUUCCAGUCGAUGGUUUUAGGCAAAGAACAUACCAGCAAGUUACAACAACAACUUCUUCACCAAUCUACUUCUCCAAUGGGUGACUAAAAUAUUUUUCUUUUUAAUAAUUAAUUAUUAUGAUUAUUAUUUCAAACUUAUGCUUUAAUUGCCACAACAAUCUAGUAUAUCUUAGUACUAAUUACAAUAUAGGAAAGUUAAUUUAGAUAUGAAAUUAUGAUUAAUGAUGUAAUGGAGAGGAUUAGGUUUAUGUUAACCCUAUCUAGCUUGUGUGCUCCACCUUAUUCAUGAAA